GUGCAGCGUCUCCCGUCACGUGCCCGUAUCCACGAGACCGUGACGACUCUCUCCUCUCACACAAUGUUCUGAAACCAAAUCGCUGAGUACUCUGAGUAAGUAGCGAACGAAAGUGAGAGUGAGUGAUUUCCCAUUUCCCAACGACAAUGGCAAAAACCGCGAAACCCUAACCCCAAAACCCCUUUCAGCAAAUUCUCCACUGUCUUCAAAAGCCACGGCGCCAUGGACUUCGAUCACCACCUCACGGAGCUUUCCGCCUCCUCGCCGUUCAUUCCAUCCGGCGAGGACUUCCACUUCUACUACAAAUUCAGGAACUUCCGCCGCCCGAUCGAGGAAAUUGCGAGGAGAACGCAGUCGAUGCUCGACAGAAUCGGCUCCGCGGAGAACAUUUGGGGCAGAGGCUCGGCGUUCCCCGGUGACGUCGACGACGCGUACGAGUGGCUCGUGAACGCGAACGACGACGUUUUGGAGCUGGUGGAGGAGCUGGUGGACGAGUUGCGGAUGCUCAAGAAGGACGAGGGAGAGGAAUGUGACGGCGCGAAUCCGAAAGUGCCGUUUCAUAUACCGACGAUCAAGAAGCCCCAGUAUGCGUACAACAUUGUGGUUGAUAAUUCAAACGAGCCUUUUGAGCAUAUUUUGUUGGAGAAGAGUGAUGAUGGUCAGCGUUACAUUCAUCCACUGGAGAAACUCUCUGUUUUGGAUUUUGUUGAUAAAGAAAAUCUCGAGAAUCUUGUGCCAGUAGAGCCUCCCUCAAUAGAAUGCACCCCUUUCAAGCUUGUGGAGGAUGUCAAAGGAUUGAAGGAGGUGGCUGCUAUGCUGUCUUCAGUUAAUGAAUUUGCGGUGGAUUUGGAACAUAAUCAUUAUCGGUCUUUCCAAGGUUUGACUUGCUUGAUGCAAAUCUCAACCAGGACUGAAGAUUUUGUUAUAGAUACUCUGAAGGUCCGCAAUCAUGUUGGGCCAUACCUGAGGGAAGUCUUCAAGGACCCUACCAAGAAGAAGGUCAUGCAUGGAGCAGAUCGAGACAUUGUGUGGCUGCAACGGGAUUUUGGCAUUUAUGUUUGCAAUAUGUUCGAUACUGGCCAGUCUUCAAGAGUGUUAAAGUUGGACAGAUAUAGUCUGCAAUAUCUUUUGCAACAGUUUUGUGGGGUUACUGCAAACAAGGAAUACCAGAGUGCAGAUUGGAGAUUACGCCCUCUUCCUGAUGUGAUGCUAAGAUAUGGCAGAGAAGAUACACACUAUCUGCUUUAUAUAUAUGAUUUAAUGAGGAUCAAAUUAUUUGCAUUGUCUAAGGAGUCUGAAGGUUCUGAUAAUCCUCUACUGGAGGUUUACAAGCGCAGUUAUGAUGUCUGCAUGCAGCUAUACGAGAAAGAGCUGCUGAAAGAAGACUCGUACCUUCAUAUAUGGGGGUUGCGAGGGGCUGGUUUUAAUGCUCAGCAGCUUGCCGUUGUUUCAGGGCUUUGGGAAUGGCGUGACGGUCUUGCUCGUGCAGACGAUGAAGGUCCUGGCUAUGUAUUGCCAAAUAGAAUUAUUCUUGAAAUCGCUAACCAGAUGCCUGUCAUUAUAAGCAAUCUACGGCGAAUAGUAGGAAGGACAAAACACCCAUAUAUUGAGCGCAGCCUUGAUGUCAUUGUCAACAUUGUCAGACAUUCUAUGCAAAAUGCUGCUGCCUUUGAAGAGGUUGCACUACGUUUGAAAGAAGAACAUGCUGCAAGUUUGUCAAAUGUGAUACCCGUUAAGGAUGGAACUGAAUUACCUCGUACACUACAAAAGGAUGGAUGUGCAGCAAGAGGAAGCAUGGGAAUUGAAAAUGGCUCCUGUGUUGAUAUCACACAAAACUGUAUGCUUUCUUAUGACCUAGAGGAAAAAAGUUUUCAGCAUCAAGUUGAAGAUGGACUAUCCGAUUCUCUCAAUUCAGAUCUACUAAGGGUCAGUCCCACUAUUCCAUACAAGAAUCGGGAUAAUGCAAAUGUUAUUGUACUCUCUACAGCAAAGGUCAAGAAGGAGAUCAAGCCAGACCAGAUUAGAUCGUCGUUAAAUAUUCCAUCUCCCUUAUUGUUGGGCAACAAUGAGAAGUCAAGACUAGUUGCAGAAACUCCAAGUGUAACAUAUGAAACAUCAUACUCAAGGAAGAAACUUGUUUCAGGUUCACCUUCUACCUCCAACCCUAUUGGGAUGAUGGUAAUGGUAGAUUCAGGCAAGGAAGAGAAGAUGAACGAUGAGUAAGAAUAAUGUCUAAGCUCCGAGGAAUGAUUUCAAACAAAAAGAUCAGACAGAUGGAGACAACCGAAGAAUCCAAGGGCUUAUAGAAGCUAGAAGCUUUCUUUUGAUGUUGAAGUGGAAGGGGACAAGCUUUGCUUUUGGAAAGAGAAGAAAAUGUGGAGUUAGUUACUCUACUCAAGAUGUUGAGUUCAGAGAUGUUUCAGAUGUUUCAUUUCAUUUCUGGAGUUGCAACCAUCUCAUGGUUAAAUGAAAAUAGGUUAGAUCAUUAUAAGUUCAAAAUCAGAUGUUGUCAUUACCCAUAUCUUCUAAUUCUAGAUGUACUAAAAUUUACUAAAUCAAUGAAAGAUUCGAAAUAUAUUCUCUAA